AUGGCUCAAACUACGGGAAAGCUGAGCCAUGAUCAGUAUACGGUGGGCUGGAUCUGCGCACUUCCACUGGAGUUGACCGCCGCAAGCGUCAUGCUCGAUAAGGAACACGGGUCCACCCGAAGCCUGGACAGCUCCGACCAGAUCAUCUACCUCUUGGGUGAGAUUCGAGGUCACAAAGUGGUUAUUGCAUGUCUACCCAACCCGUCCGGCACAGCCAUGGCCGCUACGGUGGCAACUCAGAUGCUCAGAAGCUUUCCGUCGAUCAAGUUCGGCUUGAUGGUCGGGAUUGGUGGCGGAAUUCCAAGCGCAAAAGCCGAUAUACGACUGGGCGACGUGGUCGUUAGCAGGCCUGAUGACAUCUUUGGAGGAGUGGUACAGUACGACCUCGGAAAGAAACUCCAUGGGGAAAGAUUCCAACGUACUGGCAGUCUGAACAAACCUCCUACUGUGUUACUUAGCGCCUUAAAUAUGAUCCAAUCCAAGCAUGAGAGACGAAGACCCAAGCUUGGGACAUUUUGUUCAGAAACUCUUCAGCGAAUACCGGAUAUGCGAGAAGACUAUGACCGACCCAAACAAGAAGAUAACCUAUAUCUUUCCGACUAUGAGCAUAACGAUCGCAAUCACGGAUAUGACAAUUGUGAGAAGUGUGACGUGAGCAAGUUGCGACCUCGACCGCAACGCCGAUCGUUGCCGACGGAACCUAGAAUCCACUAUGGUACGAUAGCCUCCGGAAACAUGAUAAUUAAGGAUGGAGUCACCAGAGACAAGUUGUGCAAGGAGCUCAAUGGCGUUUUGUCUGUCGAAAUAGAAGCUGCUGGACUGAUGGACCACUUUCCAUGUCUGGUCAUCCGAGGCAUCUCCGGCUAUGCCGACUCGCACAAGAACGACUGUUGGCAAAAGUACGCAGCUAUGACGGCGGCUGCAUAUGCUAAAGAGCUUUUGAACUUCAUCAGCAACAGCGACGUGGAAAAAGCCGUGGCUGCAAAGCAUAUAGUCCCUAUAACCGAACAAUCUCCGGCAGCAAUGGGACGGCCGUCCAUGAGGACGGUGACAGGCUCUGAUCCAGUCCUUUCAGAGUUACAACCGCCACUUUUUCAACAAGGAGCAUUCCCGUCCAACCAGUAUCCGUCGGGGGCAGGAUGGCAAUCCACCCACCAGAUGGUAGACCGGUACGAUCAGUUUCUACCGCAGCCGAGACAGCCACCUAGAGCGCAUCCAACAUUCCCUCCAAACCAGUAUCCGUUGGCAUUGGGAGGGCUGCCCGCGUUGUCGAGUCCAGCAGUGAACCAGCUAACACACGGAGUCGCACCUUCCACUCACUCGCAGCCGCGCCCAACCCGGAAGGCGAUCAGACAUAGUGACUCGGAUUCAAUGAGACCUGGAGGUAAUGCUCAGGGAUCGGGCGGCACCCGUAGGAAAGCCGUGAGCUCUCCGCCUCGAGAGAACGUCGGAUACAGCCAAGCAUCCAAAAUGGUAUAUCCUCAACCAACGAGACCAAACCACUCCCACUCUUCGCGGCCCCCACUUGACCAUUACCCCAACCCACCCAUCCUUCUUCGUCCCCUAUCGGGCCAGCGCCACGACUCGAAGCAUUCAAGUUCUCAGCAAAUACCGGAUUCAAGAACAACUUACAUCUAUGGACCUCCCUCGGUUGUGACUCUCAACGGAGCUCCGAAGCCCUCUAAAGAGCCUAGUGAAACCGGAAGUCGCCACUCAUUUUCGAAUAAUAGCGAAACAACAAGCGAUGUAAGUAACAGCAAUGCCAGUUCACCUAUUGAGGGAAGUGUUGGUGGAGAAGAGAACAGCAAUGUUGUUGGCAACUAUGAUCAUCAAUCUCACGGCUCAACAAGUGACAUUGAUGACGGGGAAGAGAACGGCAAUGGUAUUGGCAGCUUUGGUCAACAGUCUUAUAACUCACCAAUCGAGGCUGAUAAGGUGGAAGAGGAGGCCAACGGUGGCUAUCACGGAGAUGAUGGCGAGAGCGAAGACGAAUGUUGUGGCUGUUGCGGAUUCUGCGGAUUCUGCGGAGGUAAUGAGAAUAAUGAUGGGGAUGAUGAUGAGGACGAAGAGAAUGGUUGUUGUGUUAUAAUGUGA